AUGAUAUUACGGGCUUUGCUACACCAACGCGUUCGCCAAUUCUCGUCGUCGCCAUCCGAAUACGAUUUGGUGGUGAUUGGCGGCGGUUCGGGCGGUUUGUCGUGCUCGAAAACGGCGGCGACACUUGGCGCCAGCGUGGCGUUGAUCGACGCCGUCGCGCCGACACCAUCGGGCGUCACAUGGGGCAUUGGUGGCACGUGCGCCAACGUUGGGUGUAUUCCGAAAAAGCUAAUGCAUCACGCGGCGAUCGUCGGCAAUGAGCUCAAAUAUGCCGACAAAUAUGGGUGGAAUGGCGUUCGAAACGCUCGACACGACUGGUCGGCGUUGGUGAAAAUUGUGAAUGAUCGCAUCAAAGCGAACAAUUGGAUUUAUCGAGUGCAACUGAACGAGAAACGCGUCAAAUAUUAUAAUGCGUUUGCGCAAUUCAUCGAUUCGAGCACAUUGCGACUCACCGGAUGUGAUGCGAAAAAAACGCAGAAUAUUUUGAAAGCGAAAAAUAUUGUGAUUUCAACGGGACUACGCCCAAAAUACCCGAAAUGUCACGGAAAAGAGCACGGCAUCACAUCGGACGAUCUGUUUUCGCUUCCGAAGCCGCCUGGAAAAACGCUGGUUGUUGGAGCCGGCUAUGUUGCCCUUGAGACCGCUGGACUCCUCGCCGGACUCGGAAUGGAAGUCGAACUACUGAUUCGCUCGAUACCGUUGAAAGGAUUUGAUCGGGAUUGCGUCAACAAAAUUGUGAAUAACUUGGAAAGGCAUGGUGUGAAAAUUCGAUGGCGACAAGAAGUUGAACGAGUUGACAUCGAUAAUGGCAAAAAAUUGGUUGUGCAAUUCACGUCGACCGAUCGGCUGGCUACCGCCUCGAACCCGAUUGGAACUUAUGAUACCGUAAUCUGGGCGAUGGGACGAGAGCCAAAUAUGGCAAGUUUGGAUCAUAAGGCGGCUGGAAUCGCGUUGUCGGCGAAAAGCGGCAAAAUUUUGGCGGACGAGUUUGAUCGAACGUCGACGGAUGGAAUUUAUGCGAUCGGCGAUGUUGUCGAGAAUCGCGCCGAACUGACGCCACUCGCAAUUCAAGCGGGCCAAUUUUUGGCGAAUCGUCUGUUCGCCAACUCGAAACAAAUUGUGCAAUAUGAGAAAGUCGGCACGACGGUGUUCACACCACUUGAAUUGAGCACAGUUGGACUCAAUGAAGACGACGCGAUUCGACUUCACGGCGAGGAUCAGAUUGAGGUGUACCAUUCGUAUUUCACGCCGUUUGAGUUUGUGGUGCCGCAGAAGCCCGACGCCGCCGAUUGCUAUGUAAAGCUCAUUUGCUUGCGGAAUGCUCCAAAUACGGUGCUCGGCCUCCAUUUUGUUGGGCCGAAUGCCGCCGAAGUCAUGCAGGGAUUUGCGGUGGCGUUCCGCAAAGGAAUCACACUUGACGACGUUCGACACACGAUUGCGAUCCAUCCGUGCGCGGCCGAGGAAUUUGUGAAGCUCACAAUAACGAAACGAUCGGGUCUCGACCCGAAAGUCGCCGGAUGCUGCGGAUAA